GGCCGUCAACUCGAAGGCAAAGUUUGCAGUUCCUCUCUAUGCCAUCCUAUAGGCACCUCAUGAAGAGACGAUCCGAAGUGGAUCUCCAAAGUGUACUUAACGAACAUCAAUCCAAAAUUGAGGAAUUGCACAGAAUUUUCUCACAAACUAUGCUUAACCUGAAUCAGGAACAGUUCAAAGCCGAACUGGAUCUCUAUGAGAAAUACCAUGAUCAGGUUUCCACUGCUAUUGAGAAAGCGAUAAACGUCUCGCAAACGGGUCAACAGCAACACCUUCAGGCACUCCACGACCAGGAGGUGAACACUCUUAUGAAGCGACUCGAGGCUCAACACAAAGAGGAAUUGAAUACAUUGAGCAAAAAGCACAAGGACAAAAAUGAAUUGGCCAGGAUCAAACGGGAACUGCAACAGAAGUUCAUAGAGCAGGCUGUCGGCGAAAGACAGCGAUUCCAUUCCUUACUUCUGAAACGCAAAUCAGAACUGGAAGUGCGUCACGAAGAGGUCCGCAAGAAGUUUGACGAAGAAAAGCAUCUGAUUCUCGAGAGGAGGCGAACUGAAUACGAAGAGAAGUGUCAGAAUGUGGUCAAACAAUACGAGUCCAAUCCAUUGCUGUUCACAUCAUCUCUGCCGACGACCUCUUGCUCUUUAGGACAUAAUAUUCAAUCGCACGACUCAUCGACCGCUUUGUGAUGACUCUAACCACUCGUUCUUUCAGAACUGAAUUUUCUGUAAGUUUUAUGUAUU